UUUAUACAGGCUCUUAUGUUUCAGAUAUCUCGGGUUUUACCUUUGUAUUUUUAUGUUGAAAAACGUCUGAGCAUAAGAAGUGAAUAUUUGCAAAAAUAUCUCGAGAAGAUGUCUCAAAAUUACAAAAUUAUGAAUUAUUUUAGAAAGAUACAGUAAGAUGUCUCGGCCACUUUGUAUAAUGGUAUAAGUUAAACAAAGCUCCUAGAUUCAAGUAUUGUCUAUGAUUAUAAGAACAACGAAAACAUAACUAACGACACAUGAUUAAUAUAUGCCAUGCCCUUAUUUGGUCGUCUUCCGAUUGUAAUGUUGAAUAAAGGUUAUCAGCGUCCAAGAUACCUUCCAAUGAAAAAGGUUUACAAAAUCGUGUGGAUUGCCAUUUUUGUUAGUUUUGCAGGCUGUCUGUUUUAUUCAGCUAAAAUAGGAACUAUGAAUCUAUAUAGAGAAAAAUAUAUAGUUGACAAUAGUAUCCACUCAAAUACAAACAUUUUUAUACAUGGAAAAUCUCCCGAUGAAAAAGCUAAAGAAAAAUCGUCUGCUGAUGACGUAGAGAAAGAUCACGUGAACAUGAUCAAGGAUGAAGACAUAGUAGAUGUUGAAGACCAUAAACACGAUGGGGAUACGAUUAAUGACAUGAAAAAUAUUUAUGAUAUUCCAACUUCUAUAUUUAGGGAGAACUGGGUUGACGAUGAAGAAAUUCAAAAUGAAGAAAUCAUCGACAAUAACUGGGUGGAAGACGAAGAAAAACAAAACGAAGAAUUCAUCAAUAAUGCAUUUCGAGACUCCAUUGAAAAUGUGGCGGUUAAUAACUCGAUAAUUGUCUCAGUGGCGGACAAGGGCUUCCUGGACACAACUAUCAAUUUUUACAGGACAUCAAUCGAACCCUAUGGCAUCAUAAACUACCUUGUAAUCUGUAUAGAUGAAGAUACAGAAGAUGCUCUCAAUUCUGAAAGUGUUCAAACGUUCUUCCUGGGUCAGGAUAUCGCUGGAAAGGAUUCUGCAGAGAGUAAAUAUGAUAGUGAUGAUUUCAAACGCAAAGCAAAGAUGAAAACGAAAAUUGUACUUGGUAUUCUUAAUAUGGGAUACUCUGUCUUAGUAACUGAUACUGAUAUGGUCUAUUUUCAUAACCCUUUAGAGUACUUGGGCCAGGAUGAAUUUGAUAUGGAAAUUCAAGAUGACGCCGAGGCGGGAUAUAAUUCUGGCUUUAUGUAUGUUCAUCCCACUACCAACUCAAUAGCGUUAUUUGAAAAAGCUUGGAAAAUGAGUGAGCGAAUUCCUUCAGUUGGCCAGCAAGAUGUUCUUAAUAUGGCACUGGAACAGGCAGAAAUGGGCUCAAGGAUAAAAGUUAGGGUGCUUCCUCCACAAUUGUUUCCAUGUGGAAAGGAGUAUUUCAUCCAUGGUCAGCGCAUGUUUAGUGGUGACAAUGAAGACCCAAACAUUGUUGUUAUGCAUAACAAUUGGCUGGUCGGCAAUGCUGCAAAAAUAUAUCGUUUGAAAGAACAUUGUUUAUGGACAGUUGAUGACAAUGACUAUUAUAGCGAUGCUGACAGAAGGUACUUGAUGUAUGAAAAUCCUUACCCAUAUCUGAACAUUGAUGAUGAAAUUGAUGCUCUCAUAAGUGCUUUGGCAAUUGGCAUGAUCCUAGACAGGAUUGUCAUUUUACCAAAGUUUCAAUGUGACUGUAAAUCUGACCCAGAUUGUCUGGAAAUUAAAGACAACCCCAGUCAAGCGUGUGCAUUUGGAGCGCUAUUCAGCGUAGCCUCAUUCGAUAAAACAUUCGAAUACAGAGAAAGUACAUUUUUGCUAAAUCCAAAAGUCCCCAAUAAUAUCAAGAACUCGAUUUCAGGUAAAAUAGCCAUCCAAACCGAUUACAUCACAAGGCAGGACUUAAACCACAUAACGCAUCGUUUCAUGCCAUCUAACACAGAACAUGGUGCAACGGCAGAAGAGAUUCGACUUUGGUUGGAUCCUUUUGAUGAUAUCUCAGUAUUAAAUUUCCAUUCACUCUACGGAGCAUUUUGGCAGUAUGGAGACGAAAGAGAUGAUCAUUUAGAACUAAUGGUUGAAGAUGGAAUUAAGCCUGGUUAUUAUCGUCAGACACAAGAAAUAGGGAGAGCUCCUGCAGUGUUUGUUUAAUUAUCGAUUAACCCAUUUGCAGUAGAGUCGUUGAGUUUUGGUAUAACUUAUCCCAUUCAAUAUUAUUCCACGUUAUUCAAUUCAUGUAUUUCCCUAAGUAAAAAUUAUUGACCUCAUUGUCCUAAACAAAGAAAGAAUUACAUUGAAUCAAAUAACUCAUAUGAAAUAACAUGAAGACCAAGCUACAUAGUGACCAAACCAUUGUAUACAUAUCCAUUAUCGAUACAGUGUGCAUGGGAUGUCCCAACAUUGAUAAAGUUCUGUAACAAAUGAAAAUUGAAACUCGCACAUCUU